CCCUUCCAAAAUGCAACUGCAUCAUCAAACUGCGGGAGAGAAACGGAGCAAAAUCAGAAGGGGAAAAAUAGCUAAACCCAAAUCGAUACCAAACCCAGCCCGGAACGCACGCCCCCCGCCGCCAUCGCCGGCGGCCAGCCACUACAAGCGCGGUGUCCGGAACCUGUACUGUACUACCAACCCCAACAGCCUGGACUCUGAUGAGCCCCAGUUCAUGGCCUGCCAUCUCUCCCCCCUCUUCAAUCUCCGACUCUUGCUGCUGCUCGGCGCUGUCCUCGGAAACGCCGUCCUUGUCCGCGCCGGCGGGGCGGAGGCGUCAGAUCGGGCUGAGCCGGACCCGUACUCGAUCCUGACGUGGCACGACUACUCGCCGCCGUCGCCCCCACUCCCGCCCCCGGACCCGGCGUCGUCGACGGCGACCUGUGAGGGAGACCUCCACGGGAAGGGGGACUUCCGCACGCACUGCGAGGUCUUCGAGGAGGUGGAACUGGGCGACGAUAUCUACAUCACGGGGAACGGCAGCCUCGUGCUCCUCUCUGGCGCCUCCCUGACCUGCGAGAAGGUCGGGUGCGUUAUAUCUGCCAAUCUCUCCGGCGAGGUGCACCUCAGCCGCGGCGUGCGCGUCAGAGCCGGCAGGGUCUCGUUGGUUGCCACCAACAUCACAGUCGCCGACACGGUCGUUGUGAACACCACCGCGCUCGCUGGCGCCCCCCCUGACCGGACCAGUGGCGUUCCCACAGGGACGCACGGCGACGGUGGCGGGCACGGUGGCCGUGGCGCCAGCUGCUUCGUCAAGGAAGGGCAGACUCAGGAGGAUUCAUGGGGUGGUGAUGCCUAUGCAUGGUCUGACCUCGAACACCCUUGGAGCUACGGGAGCAAAGGGGGCUCGACCAGUGUUGAGAAGGACUACGGUGGUGCCGGUGGUGGCAUCGUGUGGCUGUUUGCUGAUGAUCUGGUCAUGAAUGGCACAGUGCUCGCCGACGGUGGGGAUAGCAAUGAGAAGGGUGGAGGUGGUUCUGGGGGAAGCAUCUUUAUAAGGGCUGCAUCGAUGUAUGGUGGUGGCAAGAUCAGUGCCUCUGGGGGUGAUGGUUUGGCUGGGGGAGGUGGAGGGCGAGUUUCUAUUAACGUUUUUAGUAGACAUGAUGACACCCAGAUUUUUGUUCAUGGGGGAAGGAGUUCAGGCUGUCCAGAUAAUGCAGGAGCUGCUGGAACUCUUUAUGAAGCAGUACCAAAGAGUCUUAUUGUCAGCAACAACAAUUUGAGUACACAGACAGAUACUCUUCUUUUAGAGUUUCCAAAUCAACCACUGUGGACAAAUGUUUUUGUAAGAAAUCGUGCCAAAGUUGCUGUCCCCUUGCUCUGGAGUCGCGUUCAGGUCCAAGGGCAACUUAGCCUUCUUUCUGGUGCUAUUCUAACUUUUGGUCUCACUGGUUAUCCAUACUCGGAGUUUGAACUGAUGGCUGAGGAGCUUCUUAUGAGUGACUCAAUAAUUAAGGUGUUCGGUGCUUUGAGAAUGUCUGUAAAGAUGCUCCUAAUGUGGAACUCCAGAAUGGAAAUUGAUGGCGGUGGAGAUUCGAUAGUUGCAACUUCUUUGUUAGAUGCUAGCAACCUGAUAGUUCUGAAGGAAUCAUCUGUGAUACACUCUAAUGCUAAUCUUGGAGUCCGUGGCCAAGGUGUCCUGAAUUUGUCUGGGGACGGAGACACAAUUGAGGCACAACGCCUUAUUCUAUCGCUGUUCUACAGCAUACAAGUUGGACCUGGUUCUGUUUUACGGGGCCCACUUGUAAACAGAAGUAGCGAUGAUGUGGCCCCAAAGCUGAAUUGUGAAGCAGAUAGCUGUCCUGUGGAAAUAAUACAUCCACCAGAAGAUUGCAAUCUAAAUUCUUCAUUGUCGUUUACCCUUCAGGUAUGCCGUGUUGAAGAUAUUGAUGUAUGGGGUGUCGUACAAGGAACUGUAAUUCAUUUCAAUAGGGCAAGAAGUGUCACUGUGCAUACAUCUGGGACCAUCAGCGCAACAGGCUUUGGCUGUCGAUCUGGAGUAGGACAAGGGAAAAUGUUAAGAAGCGGUGUAUGUGGUGGUGGUGGACAUGGUGGCAAAGGUGGGAAUGGUUUUUAUAAGGGAGACCUUGCUGAGGGUGGAGCUAUCUAUGGCAAUGCUGAUCUACCCUGUGAACUUGGCAGCGGCAGUGGGAAUGACUCCACAGAGUUGUCCACAGCUGGCGGGGGUAUAAUAGUGAUGGGCUCAUGGGAUUAUUCUUUGCCAAGUCUUGCCCUCUAUGGUUCAGUAGAAUCAAAUGGUGGCAGCUAUGCUAGUGGCUCUGUUGGAGGACCUGGUGGUGGUUCUGGGGGCACAAUUCUUCUAUUUGUGCACACUUUGUCCUUAGCUGAAAGCUCUGUCCUUUCAAGUGUUGGUGGCUUCGGAAGUACUGGUAGUGGUGGAGGUGGAGGGGGAAGGAUUCAUUUUCAUUGGUCUAACAUUCCUACUGGAGAUGAAUAUGUGCCUGUUGCAGCUGUUAAGGGAUCAAUACUUACAAGUGGAGGAGUCAGCAAAGGGUUAGGAUAUUCCGGUGGCAAUGGAACGGUCACAGGAAAAGCUUGCCCAAAGGGUCUUUAUGGUACAUUUUGCAAGGAUGUCAAUAGAGCAAAAGGGCGUUUCUUCUUUCAGGCUUUCUGGGUCAAGUUGGAAGGCUUUCAUGAUACUGUGGCUCUGGCUUGGAGUUCGGUGGCGCCAGGUCCCUGUCCUUUUGUCACUCUCUCCAGGAAGUUGCAAGCUACCGCUAGAGCUUUGCAAAGUUGGAGUGCGAAAACAGUGGGCUGUUUGAAGCUGCAGCUUGAGAUGGCUAGGGAACUACUUCAUAUGUUUGAGAUGGCUCAGGAGCUUCGGGUUCUGUCUCCUGCGGAGGGCUGGUUCCGGCGUGCUUUGAUGAAGCGCAUUCUUGCGCUCUCCUCCUGGACUAGAUCUGUGGCGCGGCUUCGGUCUCGUGUUACUUGGUUGAGAGUUGGAGACGCCAACACCUCACUCUUCCAUGCUCAAGCAAGAUUCAGGAAGAAGAAGAAUUUUAUUGCUUCCCUAACUACCGCCGAGGGUGAGGUCUUGACUUCACACGAUGACAAGGCAACAGCCCUAUUCGACUUCUAUGAUGGUUUGCUAGGUACUGCUUUUCAGAGGGAUGUCUCUAUCAACCUUGAUGAGUUGGGGUUGCAGUCCUUUGAUCUAGAAAGCUUGAAUGUGCCUUUCUCGGUUGAUGAGGUUUGGGACACAAUCAGAUCAACCCCGUCUGACAAAGCCCCGGGGCCGGAUGGUUUCACGGGUCGUUUUUAUAAAUCUUGUUGGUCUAUUAUCAAGCUUGAUGUGAUGGCAGCUGUCUCACGUGUUUGGGAUUGCAAUUUCAGAAAUUUUGGGCUGCUCAAUUCAGCCCUCAUUACCCUUUUGCCAAAGCUUGAGGGUGCAGCCCUUGUGAAGGACUUCCGUCCGAUCAGCCUCAUACAUAGCUUCGCCAAGCUGGUAACAAAGAUGAUGGCAAAUAGGCUGGCUGGACACUUGGGUGCAAUGGUUUCACCCAAUCAGACGGCUUUUAUCAAAAAAAGGUUCAUUCUUGACAACUUCAUAUUGGUGCAGCGUACGGCCAGAUAUCUCCAUCAACAAAGACAAGCUCGUAUCCUCUUCAAGUUAGACAUUUCUAAGGCUUUUGAUUCGGUGUCAUGGCCGUUUCUCAUUGAGGUUUUGAGGAAAAUGGGGUUUGGGCAGAUUUGGUGUGAUGUUGUGUGUGGACUGUUGGCUUCUUCCUCCACAAGAAUUUUGCUAAAUGGCGUUCCUGGGGAGAUCAUUUCACACCAGAGGGGCCUUAGGCAAGGAGACCCACUAUCCCCUAUGUUGUUCAUUUUGGUUAUGGAUGUUCUGAACUUGCUCAUUCAAAAGGCUUCCGAUGAAGGGUUACUUCAGCAGUUAUCUUCUGGGACUUUACAUCACAGGCUUUCUCUCUACGCGGAUGACGCGGUGGUUUUUCUUAGGCCGGUGGCUUCAGACAUCAGUUUGGUCCUGGAGAUCCUUCGGCUUUUUGGGGAAGCCUCGGGGCUCAAGACCAAUGUCCUGAAAAGUAGUGUGUUCCCCAUUCGUUGUACCGAAGAUGAUUUGUUGCGGGUCCAAGCUUCUCUCCCCUGCCCCAUUUCUGAUUUUCCGUGUCAAUAUCUUGGACUGCCCCUGUCCUUGGGAAAGCUUUCAAAGGCCCAGUUACAGGCAUUGGUGGACAAGGCAGCUAGUGUUCUCCCAGGUUGGAAGGCCGACCUGAUGACAAAGGCGGGUCGUGCUGUUUAUGUUCAGUUUGUUCUCACAGCAAAAAUGAUUUAUGCUGCGAUGGCUUUGGACCUCCCUAUUUGGACCAUCAAAGCUAUUGACAAGAUAAGAAGAGGUUUCCUUUGGAAAGGAAGAAAACAAGCCAAUGGUGGUCACUGUUUAGUGGCGUGGGGUAAGGUCACUAGGCCUAAAGCUCUGGGCGGCCUUGGGAUCACUGAUCUUUGGCUUUUGAGCGUGGCGCUUCGAGCUAGGUGGCCUUGGCUCCAGAGAACCGAUCACUCUAAGCCUUGGUCGGUUCUCCCUGUUCAGGCCUGUGGUACGGUGGAAGCCUUGAUCAAUGUUGCAGUUGUGUCUCAAUUGGGUGAUGGACAGGAUAUCCUCUUUUGGAAGGAUCGGUGGCUGAAUGGUAGAAGCAUCAGUGAGGUGGCACCUGAGGUUCUUGAGCAUGUAUCUAAGUGUGUUGUUUCCAAAAGGCUGGUAAAAGAUGCUCUAACAAAUCUGAAUUGGGUGGCUGAUAUAAGGGGUGCACUUUCAGUUAGGGCGCUUGCACAGGUUUUGGAUCUCUGUGACUUGCUGGAGGGCUUAGUUCUUCAACCUGGGAUUCCUGAUAAGCAUUCUUGGAAGUUCAGCGCGUCGGGGGAUUACUCCUCUAGUUCUGCCUACCAGGUUCUUCUCCUUGGAGCUGUUGAGUUUAGGCCGGCUGAACGGAUUUGGAAGACCUGGGCACCAAGGAAAUGCAAAUUUUUUAUGUGGCUGGUUGUGCAUGAUAGAUGUUGGACAGCUGACAGGUUGGCAAAAAGGGGAAUGGAUCAUCCCGUCUGCUGUCCGCUUUGUGACCAGGCGGAUGAAACUAUUAAUCACUUAUUGGUCGAGUGCAGCUUUGCGAGGCAGUUUUGGUUCCUUUUCCUUCGGUCUGGGGACUUCCAGGUGCUCUGUCCCUCUGCAGGGGAUGGCUGCUUUGACUCUUGGUGGGAGAAGAGUGCCGAGGUGGUGGGCAAGCCUUUGUCGGAUGGUUUCAACUCGCUGGUCAUAUUGGGUGCGUGGUCGAUCUGGAAACACAGGAAUAGGUGUGUGUUUGAUGGUUGUAGCCCGAAUGUUGAGGUCGCCCUUUCGGCAGCUAGGGAGGAGUUGAUGUGCUGGCGUUUGGCUGGCGCUAAAACUCUCUCUUUCUUCCAUUUAGAGGAGCUGUCUUAGGCGUUAAUGGUGGUGUGAGUUUGUAAAACUGUUGUUUCUGUUUUGGGGCUCCCCCCUUUUUUUCUUCUUAAUAUAAAAAUACGCAGACCUCCUGCGUAUUCAA